GCUACUCUCUAGUCUAGUUAUACCCUUAUCAGUUUAUCUCACUUCUUCUAAAACCUUGGAAUAUUUUCACAAUUUGUGGAUCGCUAGCUCACUCAGUCUCUCACUUUCACCACCAUGGCUCCAAGCUUGACAAAAAAUACGGCCCCAGACGUAAUGACCCUCGUGGACCAAAACUCACCAUCCACCAUAACCUUAAAAGGCUCAAAUUUCUUGGCCAACGGUCACCCUUUCCUCACCGAAGUCCCCUCCAACAUAACCGCCACCCCAUCACCCUUCCUCUACUCCAAAUCCACAGAAGCAGCCAAGAUGAUGAACACGGUUGGCUGCUUCGUUGGGUUUGACGCCAACGAGCCAAAAGACCGCCAUGUGAUUCCCCUCGGAAAGCUGAGGGGAAUCCGGUUCAUGAGCAUAUUCCGGUUCAAGGUGUGGUGGACCACUCAUUGGACCGGAACCAACGGCCAUGAGAUGGAGCACGAAACCCAAAUGAUGAUCCUAGACAAAAAUGAACUCAUAGGACGCCCUUAUGUUCUGCUGCUUCCGAUCAUCGAAGGUUCCUUCCGAUCCUCGCUCCAACCCGGGUUCGACGACCACGUGGACAUAUGCGUUGAGAGCGGGUCGACAUGUGUCAGAGAAUCUAGCUUCAGGAGCUUUUCAGACUUGUACCUGUACAUCCACGCUGGUGAUGACCCGUUCCGUCUAGUGAAAGAUGCAAUAAAGGUCGUAAGACUUCACUUAGGGACGUUCAAACUUUUAGAAGAGAAGACCCCACCGAGCGUGGUUGAUAAAUUCGGUUGGUGCACGUGGGACGCCUUUUACUUAAAGGUGGACCCCACAGGGGUUCGUGAAGGUGUGAAAGCUCUCACCGACGGUGGCUGCCCACCGGGGAUGAUCUUAAUCGACGACGGGUGGCAGUCCAUCUGUCACGAUGAGGAUCCGGUGUCAGACUCCUCCGGGAUGAACCGAACCUCCGCGGGGGAGCAAAUGCCGUGCCGGCUUAUAAAGUUUCAGGAGAAUCCCAAGUUCAGGGAGUAUGGCGGCGGCGGGAAGGGUUUGGGGGCGUUUGUGAGGGAUUUGAAGGAGGAGUUUAGGAGCGUGGAGCAGGUGUAUGUUUGGCACGCACUGUGUGGGUAUUGGGGUGGGGUGAGACCUCACGUGGAAGGCAUGCCGGAGGCGAAGGUGGUUGCUCCGCGGUUGUCUCCGGGGUUGAAGAUGACGAUGGAGGAUUUGGCGGUGGAUAAGAUUGUGAGUAGCGGUGUGGGGUUGGUGCCGCCGCAAAUGGUCCAGAAAUUGUACGAUGGGCUCCACUCGCAUUUGGAAUCGGCGGGAAUUGACGGUGUUAAGGUUGAUGUCAUACAUUUGCUAGAGACGCUAUCUGAGGAAUACGGUGGCCGAGUCGACCUUGCAAAAGCUUAUUACAAAGCACUCACUACUUCAGUGAAGAAGCAUUUCAAAGGCAAUGGAGUGAUUGCCAGCAUGGAGCAUUGCAAUGACUUCUUCCUUCUAGGCACAGAAGCCAUAGCCCUUGGCCGCGUAGGUGAUGAUUUUUGGUGCACUGAUCCCUCAGGAGAUGUAAACGGAACCUAUUGGCUCCAAGGGUGUCACAUGGUGCAUUGUGCCUACAACAGCUUGUGGAUGGGAAAUUUCAUUCACCCGGACUGGGACAUGUUCCAGUCCACUCACCCUUGCGCCGAGUUCCACGCUGCCUCUAGAGCCAUCUCCGGCGGCCCCAUUUACGUUUCUGAUUGCGUUGGAAAGCACAACUUUAAGCUUCUCAAGACCCUCGCCUUGCCUGAUGGCUCGAUUUUGCGCUGUCAAGGCUACGCGCUCCCCACCCGAGACUGCUUGUUCCAAAACCCCUUGCAUGAUGGCAAAACAAUGCUCAAAAUUUGGAAUCUCAACAAAUACACAGGUGUUUUGGGUCUAUUUAAUUGCCAAGGUGGAGGGUGGUGUCCUGUGACUAGGAGAAACAAGAGUGCCUCUGAAUUUUCACACACUGUGACAUGCUCAGCGAGGCCUAAAGAUAUUGAAUGGAGCAAUGGGAAAUGCCCAAUUUGCAUCGAAGGCGUGGAUGUGUUUGCUGUGUAUUUGUUCAAGGAAGGCAAGCUUAAGCUCAUGAAGUCCUCUGAUGAGUUGAAAGUUUCACUUGAGCCAUUCAGUUUUGAGCUGCUCACAGUUUCGCCAGUGACAUCCUUCUCGAAAAGGAUGAUUCAAUUUGCUCCAAUUGGGUUAGUGAACAUGCUUAACUCUGGUGGUGCCAUUCAGUCUAUGGAGUUUGAUGAUCACGCGAGCCUGGCCAAAAUUGGGGUGAGGGGUUGUGGGGAGAUGAGGGUCUUCGCGUCUGAGAAGCCAGUUAGCUGCAAAAUAGAUGGUGUUGCUGUGACAUUUGAUUACGAAAAUCGAAUGGUAAGGGUCCAGGUUCCGUGGCCUAGUUCUUCAACUGUGUCAGUGGUUGAGUUUCUAUUUUGAUCCCUAACAUGGUUAAGUUGGGACACUAAGAUGUAUAGCUCUAUAUUUCAUGUGAAUAACAAGUGUGUUUAUCUAUUUCAUUUUAACUCGGCGUUUACUCAUUGUAUUUUCCAGUUGAUAAAUAAUUGAAUUUAGUUGUUAGUAGCAGGUUGGUUAUUGUAGCUUGCAUUAUGUCAUUUGGAGUCUUCAAUUUCAUUGUGUAUAAAAGAUCACUG